AUGGAUCCUGACCACGAAGACGUCUCGCAGCUGCGAGUUGCAGCAAAGCGAAACUUGAACGAGGAGAUUCUCGGGGAUAAACCCAGCGAACCGGAAGAUGAGGAUGAGGGGGUUGACGAGGAGCCUAAGGGUGUUCAACUGUUCGACUUUGACGCCUACGGAAGGAAAAUUGGAAAGCAGAAGUACCAAGCAACAUUCGGAAGCUCCAGUGAGAGCAGCAGCAGCGAAGCCAGCAGCAGCUCAGAAAGCAGCACCAGCAGCAGCAGCAGCAGCAGCGAGAGCUCGGGCACUUUCGAGUUCGAUGAUGAGGACUUUGAAGAAAUUGACCGCCUGAGGCGAGACCGUCGGUCGAAGGCGUUAGACCCCAUGGACAGGCGGCGGAUGUGGGAGUCAUCGUUUUUCAUCAACUCCUUCAUGAACCUUGAGACGAAGGAGCAGUACUUUUUCUAUUCCAUCACUUUUGGGCAUGUUAAUAGGAAUAGAGUGAUUCGUGGCUCCUUACGCCGUCGGUUUCUCUUUACUCCUGGCUACAGACUGGGACCUGGGGAGUACCGUCCUUUGGCUGCCCCUUUGGUUGUAUGGCCUUUGAAAGUCUUUUUGCUCCCGUACAACCAACUCCACAACUUCUGCAUUACUGUGGAGCAGUGGAAGAUAAGCGACUUCUCGUUCAAUAGUCUAUACGCCUCAGCCCGACUCACGCUCAAGGAAAUCAUUGACAUGGAGCCGGAGUUCCAGCUCCUCCUGAAGCGCAAACUCCCAGGUAGUAAACGGAGUUAUGAAGUGCAUAAGAUGCGGGUCUCUCUUCAAUUAAAUGAGGUGUUUGACAUCGACAUGGUUUUUGACAGUUGGUGGUUUCUACCGGACAAGAAAAUGCCUGCGAAACUUCAACAGCACGCGAAGGCCCUCUCUCUCAAUGUCCCCGUUCAGGGAAGGUCUAUGCAACGUUCUGUAGCCAGGACUCAUACAAGCAAGAACAACUACUGGUCUUACGCUGGAUUCUUCUCCUUUCGUGGCACGCUUCCAUCGCUUAGUAAUCAGUACAUCGUCGUGACGGUGGCCUGUCAGUUUGAACACCAGUGGUAUCGUCCCCCGCUACAACUGGGGGUCUGCAUCAUGUCCCUGAAGUCAGUUACGACGUACCCGCUUUUCAGAGGAGUCGUAAAGAAACUUACAACUAAUCCCAGCAAAUUUCAGCAGGGAGAAAUUAUUGGCAACAUUCGAUGUUUUGUGCGGUCCGUCGGGGUUUUGGGUUACGAGAACGUUCCUUUCCGGCCAAUGCAGACCGUCGCAGGCACGGCCCUUGUAACGCAGCUUAACUUGAAAGAACAAUAUCUUGUCGUGAGAGUUUUUAAGUGCGAGAACCUCCCUGUCGCCAAUGCAGAUUCUUUCAGUUCUAACCCAAUGGUAGAAAUCAUUUGCUAUCCAACUGCGAUGUUGCUUGACUCCAUUGUAGGUGAAAUGGGAUGGAAUGGUCAACUCGGGGGCGAGGCGAGAGAACACACUUCGCCCAGUGUUCAACCAGAGCUUUUAUUUCCCAGUGAGGCUAUUAGAUCCGAGGGAAAGGACAAGCCCCCUUUUUCGGAAGUUUGGGACUCAGACGAUACCACGUCUGACUUUCUUGGAGGGGCAGACAUAAGCCUUCAUCUUCUUUGGAAGGAAGGACAGCGAGACACAAGAAGCCUAGCUGUGGGAGUCGAAGAAAGCGAUGAAAAAACUCGACUGCCAGACGGAAGACCAGCAGAGUUCGCAAACCGAGAUGAUUCCGAUUACUCCGGAUUUGGUGAUACUGUUCUGCCGGAUGAUGACAGAGUUGUUGUGCCUCCUUACGAGUGGCCCUAUGAGACAUUAGUGUUAAAAAGAGUGCUAGAGCUCAAAGGGUCUACAUUGCCACAGAUGACUGGCGAAAGGAGUUUACUCUGGUGCGAGGUGUUUUUUAUUCCUCCUAUGCCUGAAGAUGUUGAGAUGCCUCCGCAGCCAGUCGUUAAAAAUUCAAACGACAUCUGGAUGCAGGUUGAACGCCGAUGGAACAAGGAUUUCCGGAGGUGGCAGAAGAUGUAUUUGCAGUGGUUCCCCGAGGCUCCAAAAGAAAGGAGAUUUGUGAGUGUAGCGGAACAUUCCCAGAGCCGUCUAAUUUUCCCGCUGCCGUCAUUUGUUGUGCCAAUCGCCGUGCCAGCUCAGCUGGCUGUGGAAGGGGAGCUGCUGCAUUGGCUGAGCAACAUCGCAUAUCUGUUUUCCCCAAAGCAGCUGCGCGACGGGGAGUUCCAGAGGUGGCAAAGCCCGGCUUCCCUGUUGACUACUAGGAGAGGGGGAGUGAAUGAUCACGCAGUCUUACUGUGCAGCUGCCUACUUGGGCUGGAAUACGACGCAUAUGUCUGUAAAGGGACCAUUGACGGGUACACGACGGACCACGCAUGGGUUAUGACUCGCCACGCUGGCGGAUGGAUAGUAUUUUGGGAACCAACAAACCGGAAGCGCUACUGCCUCCCGUAUCGGUGGGGCUAUCCAUCGAAGGGGCCUCCGGAAAACUUUAAGCCGAAGGAAUCACUGGAAGAAGCCGCCGAAAAGUAUUGGGAAGGAACCUACCUCGAAGAGUGGUUUGCGUGGAUUGAGUCUCAAGCAGCAGCUGCUGCUGAUGCUGCUCGCAUGGCCGCUGAAGGGGCAACCAUCCCCGACUCAGAAAUAUGGGGGGAAGAUGUGGCUCCAGAUGAGAGACUAGACCCCAACCUUGUGAUGGAGGAAGGAGGCAUUCUCACGGAAACAAGCGCUGCUGCGAAAACGAAACGAAUAGCGGAGAAGGUCGACAAGGCUGAGCUGAGGAAGAUGAUGCAAGAGCAGCUGGACAAACUCCCCAUCACUCCUGUUAAGGACCUGCUGAAGCCGGACUCGACCCUUUCUUAUGUUCCGUACAGCUCUAUUGAGGUCGUUUUCAACAAUUUUCAGCUCUGGGGCAAUUUGCAGAACCUCCAUCCAGCCUGCAUUACCUACGACUUUGAAGACUUGUGGAAUCAGCUGCUAGCUGAAGACCUCGUCGGGAAUGUAGUGGAGCAUAUUCGCAUGCAACGCAUCAAGAAUGGCAACGACGUUUCCUUUGAGCAUCGCGAAGAAAUGUUGUCUAAGCUGACUUUUUAUUUGGACCUUUUAGAAUUCAGGCUUCACCUAGACGAAGCUCACAACCCGGGGCCGCCAGAUAAUCACAUUGGCUGGUCAAGUUUCCCAGAGGAAAUGGCGGAUGCGAACGCAUCUGCAAGAGCUGACUAUGACUUUUUCGACGCCGUGCAGGCUUCGAAUGUGCCAGAGUCCGGAGAUGGAGUGGUGCCAGAUCCCGCCAUUCAAGGCGCUCUACAAAUGAUGGGUGAAGGAUAUAGUGACUUCCAGGAAAUCUUUGCAGCUGACCCUCCUCCAGGAGGUUUCUACGACCCGUUCGUUGUGACAGACGAGGGGACGUAUGUUGCGCCGGAAGAUGCCGCCCGCUUGGGAGGUCAACAAGGGGGCUACUUACAUUUGCAGACACCAGCCACCCCCUCGGGUCCGCCUGUCUACCAAGUACCCCUCAACCCUGUUGAUGCCGCGAAUGCGGCCAUGGUAGAUUACGACGCAGAACAACGCCGUGCCGAACAGGAGGAAGCAAGGCUAGUGAAGGGAUAUAUGGCUGGAGGAGGCCACACUGGGUGGUUCAACGGUGUAAAAGGAGCCAGUGGUGGAGAUCAUGUUGCCCCAUCAGGCCUUCGCUUCAGCGUAGAGCCGCAAAGUGCUGCAGGCAUCCCAUGUAGAUCGUGCAGUAACGCUUCCUUCGAACUACCUGCGAAGACAGAUCGUGCAAAAGAACAGCCGCCCACGAAGGCGUGCAGCAGGGGAGCAGCUCUUGGGACAAAGGGGCACAGAGGAAAUAAGCGUCACACGCUAAAGGCACUGCAGCGCAUGCUGCAGCAAGCUGCUGCAGAGGGCUUCCGCCUUUUGCAGGUCGCGAUGAAACAGCAACGGGCUGGCAAGGCAACAGCUGAGAACCGGUCAUUCUUUGCAGGCACCACGGCUGCUGCUGCUGCUGCAGCGAACGGCAGCAAUUACUGCAGCGUAGACGCCUCGCCGACUCCAGUAGUAACGGAUUCCCAUAGCAAGACAACCAAGGCAAAACCAAGGAAGGGGGGAGUGUCAUUAGAGAAAGUCGCAGGACAAGACACCUCCAUGCAGCUGCUGCAGAGCCUAGCGCAAUGCUCGCAAGAGCUUGCCAAGGAGCUGGAUGAGCAAAUUCGCAAGGCAAGAGGGCGCAUAUUCCCUUUUGUCAGGACGCCUCUCCUUUCGCGGGUGAAGCGCCGUGCAGUACUUUCUUGGCGGCGCUCGGCAAGGAACCGGAAACAUGGCAAGAGGCAGAACCGGGAAGCCCAGUCUACCAUGCGGGCGGCAAGCUGCAAGCACUCACUUCAUUCUCUCGCUGGCAUUUCAAGGAACACGUUUGAAUCUGCGAGUUCGAGUAAGGAAACCAAUGAGAGGAAACGCGCCCAGCUGCUUCUCAAGGAAGAACUGAGACGCAAGGUAUAUGAGCAGAUGGAAGCCCGUGCUGCCACUGUCCAGGCACAGCAGGCCAGCGCCGAGGCAACUGAGAUCGCGUCAUCUGCUGAAAACGGAGGACAUGAUACAACUAGACAGUCGCGGGUUUUUAAAACGGGCUUUGACAGCGAACCCCCGUCAAGCCAUGGCUCAUACGACACUGCGUCUGAAUACGAAUCUUCGGAUUCAGCCCCAACGGAGGCAUACGUUUCUCCAAGCAGCAGUUCCAGAAGCAGCAGCAAAAGAAGUAGCAGCAGGUCAAGCAGUGAAGGUGAACUUGUGGAGGAAAUACUUAACGACCAUACUUCUGCAGAGCCGAAGAAGGAUCUGCACGCCACAGGCCGCGAUCAACACCCCAGCAGAAGCAGCAGCAUUGCAACAGCUGAGACGACUGCUCGUCGCGCCAAAGGGGAAAGUUCGUCUGACGCGUCGACAGAUUCAACGGGGAGUGAUCAAGCGUCAUUUCGUUUGCUUAGCAAGUCGAGCAGAAGGGAAUCCAAGAAGGCUGGAUUUCAGUGGCUAGCAGGGUACUCUGCAAAGCAACACACCAGGCAAUUCGAGGCGGCACGCAGAAGACGAAAACCUUACUUUGCGGUCUCGAUGACUGACCCCGUGAGGAAACCCCUUCAGCAACACUGGGAAGAUGCUGAGGACUUCCACCAGGCAAUCAAGAAGGCUCAGAAUCAUUCUCCUUCGGCAGUGCAGCUUGCACAUGGAAACAAAAGUGUGCUAGAGUCACCAGAAGGUGUUGACUUGGAGGCACAGCGUGCCGGAUCUUUUGUGAGCGAAAGAGGUACUCUUGACUCUUUGCCCGACAGUGACGUGUGCGAACCUUCAGCCGCUUGCCAGCCUGGACAAGAGCUGCCGUUGCUCGUCUCCCCUCCUCUCACAACGCUGAAGAGGCGCAUUAGGAGCAGUAGCAACAAUCUCGACGGAAAUGCCAGUCGAGGGGCCACCAGCUGCGAGUCCCUCGCCGCAUUUGUCGAAUCUCUUGCGCCAGCUGAGGAUCCAGUUGCUGCAGACUGCAUCCAGCUGCGAUCCAGAGAAGCACAAACACCGCAGAAGAAUGCGCCAAUCAACACAGAGAAUCGUUCAAAGGAAUUUCACUGUGUAGUUCCAGAAUAUGGAGAAGAAGUGCUUCCAUCGAUGGCGACAGGGGGAUUGGACGGGGGAAUAUCUGCACGCAUGCAACAAGCGUACGCCUCUUCCUUGCAACGGGCAAGAAAUUCAGUACUCUCAGGAAGCAUGCGGCAUGCUACCGCCACGUUGGUUUCCUCAACGAAAGCAAAAUGGUCAGCUUCCUCACUCGCAGCACUGGCAAACCGUAAUGCAGACCCUUCACUUGUUCUCACCAGACUUCCUGCAGGUUCACGCAGCAGCAAUGGCGCCAUUAACAGCAAUAGGUGCGGCAGUCAUGCUGCUUUUGAGAACCCUGCAGUGGGGCCACUACCUGACUCAUCAGAUUGUCCUAAUCCAGCAAAAUCAUCUCCUUCGGGCAAUUCAUCUCAUCGAACUCGAAGACCUGCUGGUGAGCAGCUUCGUGGGGAGGCAUAUGCGAGAGUAACCGAAAAGAAGGCGUUUAUGACUGCAAAAGAACACGGAAUGAUGCUAGAUAUCGACUAUGACCAGGCCAAUCGGGAUUGGAACUCCUCCAGAAACGCUGGAUCUGGCCCUCCCCCAUACGGUAAUAUAGCGCUAGGCGCCAUUCAGCAAAUAGCUCCCGUGGGUCCUGUUCCUUUAGACCAAGGCAGGCUUGCGGAUGUCCGUCGGCAUGGCGCCUACCGUUUUAACGCUGCUACAGGGGAGAAGGAAUUCGUUGACGGCGGAGGCAUGGAUCGUGUCAGGCAGUUUGGUGCAACGGAUUUCAUCGAUUCUGGGGCGUCUGCUCGUCCUAACGUUAAGGCAGACGGCUUGCCCGAGGGUUUCGACAUGAGCUACGCAAGACAGAAAUACGAAGCAGGUGUCCCAGCAGGUAGGGAUCCGGUAAUGCGCGGAGGAGAGAGAGAGGCGGAGGCCAUUCAGCUUGAGGCGGAAGCGAAGCUGAUGGACCUGGACCCUUACGGAGAACUUCUUGAGCCUCCUAAGUUACCCGCAAAGGAAUAUGCAACUUUUGAUGGGGGAGUAGAUCUCGUCAAAAUGGGAAUGGCAUCCGGAGGACAGACGAGAAAAGUCAUAAAAAAGGCGGCUGGCGAAGAACCGUCGAAACAGCAGGAAACCGGUGACGAAAGUCCAAAAGUAGCAGAGGAACCGCGAGUCCCAACGGAGUGGAAAAUGCCAGUUUCGAGCGGCAGUUACGCAGUGGAACAGGUUGCCAAGUGGAACUGGUAUUACCGCAUGGAGCAAAUUUAUUACCUAUGGCAACAAAAUGUGUUUCCUGUUAAACCAAACCACGUCUUUUGUGGUUUCCCGAUUCAUCUGGCUACCUCUGACUCAACAGAAAUUCGCAGCUAUUUGGGGGGCAGCCGUCGAUUUCGCCGUUUGCUGGAUAUGCCAGUCGAAAACAUAACUUAUGUUGUGACGGGAAAGUGUUAUCCCUUAAUGGGCGGAGUCAUCAGCACUUGGUUGUUCUUCGGUGCCCAAGUUCCUCUUGCUUCAUCCCAGGAGCGCAAGAGCCACAUGACCCGCAUAAGAAAACCUCCGCACACAAAGCAGCGAAGGAAACCUCCAACAGAGGUUGCUGCGGAGAGCCAGGCCCCUACAGGAGGCGCAGAGCUUUCUGAAGAAUCCGGCAGCAAAGUGGGGCACUAA